AUGAUUUAGAAACACAAUACUUAGAAGAAACGUUUAAUUCUGGUAACAUCAUUAGGGGGUGGGAAAACUAUUUCACAAGCACAAAGUAGAAAAGUAUUGGCGCAACCCUAAAAAAAGCCAAAAUAAAUCCAAACGAUAGAAUAUUUUCACUAUCAUCAACCACUUCACCAGCACAUUUAAAAAUUGAAGAAAAUAUAGAUAAAAAUACAGAUGGCAGUCAUGGAACAUACAGUGGAUUUAAAAGACAAAAAAAGAAAAGCAAGAUUGGUAAAAAUGCUUACGACAACGACUCUCCUAAACAUGACCUUGUGGAUAGCAGUUAAAUUUCUGAUGACUUUUACGAUUAAGUGGAAGACUCAGUUAAUAAUGACAUGUCUUCAAAAAGAACAAAGAAAAUUAAAAAGAAAAAAACAAAAUCUUGAAAAUUUAUUUUAUUCAAAUUUUUUAUGUGUUUAGAGUCUAUAUCACUAUAUACAACAUAGAGUAAUCUUAACUAUACUUUACUAUACAAUUUAUUCAAGCCUUUAUCAAGUUUGUUCAUUUGAUUUUUAUUUAAAUUCCAUCAAAUUAAUUUAUGAAGAAAGCUUUUUAUAAUUUAAAAUUCUUUUCUUAUUAAAAUUGUCAUCUUACUAAUUAUUUAUUUUUCUGAUUGGUAUUUUUAUUAUUUAUUUACAAUAAUUUUAUGCAUUUAUUUAUUUAUUUGGUGGAAGAUUAAGUGGAUGGAAUUAGUUAAUAAUUUACUUAUUUACUAAUUUUUUUAUUUUAUUGGAUUUAUUAUAGCAAUUAAUAAUGUAUUUCUUCAAAUAUAUAUAAAAUAUUACACCUGAUAGCACCCCAAAAAGGACAAGCUUGAGCAAUAUUAUUAAAAAAUUUUUUAGUAUAUCCCUUAAAGUUUAUACUAGUUUUAUGUUAGUGUACAAGUAUUACACCUGA